AUGUCGGCGCCCAUCACGUCACUCUGGUGGCCAGAGGAUCGGGUGAAGGCCACCCUUUGCCCGGAAUACAUUUUCAGCCACCUACCUUCCAACAUCCUACAUCGUCUCGUGAACCCCUUACCCUGGGGAGAGGGUCUGACUAGCGAGUCUUACCUUGACUGGAUCCUCGCCAAGGCCGGUAGACUCUUCCUGAUACUCGUUGACAUCGAAAUUCCGGAACGGAUCUUCGCGUUGGUGGAUGAGUCGCUGGACGACUCGGAUUUACCAUUUUCAGCCCCCAGCGCCAGCCGUCUUCCUCUAUCAGCUGAAGGCGACCAUGCAGAUCUCGCCAACAAAUUCUUCCUCGCUCAAUGGCGGUUUACCGUGCGUGGGAUCAAUGAAGGCGACCAUAUCAAGUAUACCCAGAACGAGGGGGUGCCCGUGGAGCUUCUCCGGACCGGGACGGCCCUAGUGAGGGAGGGCGUGGAGAAGGUCGUCCUAGCGGGUUCCAAGUGCCGUGUACUUCUGCGGACGCAGGUCACCAUUGGGGGCGCACCGCAUUUCUUCGAGGAAAAUGAGGUGUUGGAAGAGAUCCGCUCUCUGAGGAGGCUAGCGCACAACCAUGUCUACUCGAUCUAUGCCUCUUACUUCGUGGACACUACCGUGUGCACUCUUUUUUCGGGUGUAUACGAGCGUACACUGAUGUCCUUCCUUACCGAUGUGCCUCAACCAUUUAAACGCCUCCCGAAAAAUGAGCGCCGGGAAAUCCUGGUCAAUUGGCCUCAUUGCUUGGCUAACGGACUGUCGUGGUUACAUGCGCACAGCCAACCUCACAGUCUGAUUCGCCCGUCCAAUAUCCUGAUCGACGCCGAAUUUCGGAUUUUUCUGGGCCAGUUCGAGGCGCUUGAUACCCUUCUGUCCCCGGUCAAGCUGGAUGACGUCGAAUCAUAUCAGUAUGGUGCCCCAGAGCGCUGGGUGCGUUCUGUCAGUAUUCAAGAUACAAACCUACCGCGCCCCAAUAUCGCUCUUCCAUCCGGAGGACGUUCCGCCCGCAAACAAUCCGCGUCACGUCCGUCACUCCUGAGCCUAUCUCGAUUCCGAAGCUCUCAAGCAUCGGGCCAGGACUCGGAUAUGCCGCGUGCGGAUUCAGUUACAUCGCAGGGGACCGCCAUACGUAUCGGCCUGCGGGGCUCCCCUUCCCGGAUGUCUUUUACCAAUUCUUCCUCCUCAGGGUCGAGCACUGGGAGCACUCGCAAGCGCGUCAUAUCGUCUAUGAAACGGCCUAUGUUCUAUACACCGUCCAUCACUUCCUCGAAUUCCAACUCAUCGGGCUCCUCUAACGCUCCGUCUACUGUAUAUAGUCAGUUCGGAUAUCCAAUCAUCGGCUCUAAUGCCGCAAUAGUUCAAACAUGGCAAACCCGUCAGACUGAUCCAGAAGCUUCAGACAUCUUCUCUCUCGGAGCGGUGAUCUUGGACAUCUUCACCCAUUUAUGCAAACGCAAGCUUUCUGCCUUUGCUCACCACCGCGGGGCUAAGAACCGGACCGCUGGCCGUGGUGGCGGCGUUGCAGACUGUUCAUUCCAUCUAGACCGGAACGCCGGCCAAGUGAGUUCGUGGAUUACCUUACUCGACAGCGAUGCGAAGAAACACAAGGAUCCCAUCUUCCAGGCUGUUCGACCAAUGCUUACCGUUGUGCGAAGCAUGCUGAACAGAGAUGCCAUUGACCGUCCGUCCGCGUAUCAGGUCGAGCAGCUUUUUGCCCACUCACUCCAGAAACUGGACGGAACUCUGAGUCUCCACUGCACCUCCGAUCUGCAAUGCCACGCCCCGAGAUCAAGAAACCCAUUGCGUCUCGGUGCAAAAGCUGCUACAUCCUCGGACAGACUAGUUGUCCCACGAGCCAAGCCGCCCGGGGUCAGAUCGCCAUCCCCUAGUAGCCUUUUGACUGCAGAAUACUCGUCUAGCUCCGGCGGACCUGUGAGCCUGCAACCGUCCCCUUCACCGUCCGCCUCCAGCUUCAGCCUACCUGAUCAACAAUGGACGGACAACUACGUCUACAGCAGCGACACAGACCAAGAGCACGACAGAUAUACAUCCUCUUCCUCGUCCUCUCCUGCCCCGUGGCGCGAUCCAGAUCAGGCAUUAAGUCCCGCAGCGCACAACGAUCCAACAUGGAAUUACAGCAUUGCCCUCGGGAAGCGUUAA